AUGGACCCCUUUGAGGCUAACUACCGAGCCGCUAUAGAAAAGCACCUAGAUGAACCACCUCUGUUCCGCUUAGUUGGUAAUACCGCCGUGUUCAAAUCCUUGCUGCAAGAGCCCGAGCAUCGCGCUCAACUCAAGCACACUGACAUCGGCCAUGACUGCCUGAACCGUGCCAUCAUUCAGGGCAACAAGGAGAGCGUCAAAGCUCUUGUUGAGCUUCCUCUUUCUGAAUUUGACUGGAUCAGCCAUCCUGUGGCAUCCCUCAAGGCCAUGGGCCACCUGCACACAGCUGCCAGACUCGGCCGCUUUGAUGUCUUCAAGAUCUUGGCCGACACUGGAAAUGCUGACAUUGGCGGACGAGACCCCUUUGGGAUGACUCCACUGCAUCAUGCAAGCGAAACUGGCUCCAAGGCAAUUGUUGAGUAUCUGUUGGAAGGAGGUGUCAAGCCUGAUGAGAAGGACGUGAAAGGCCGGACUCCUCUCUCCUGUGCAGCCGAGAAAGGAAAUAAAGAAGUCGUCAAGGCUCUUCUUUACGUCGAAGGCGUGGAAUCUGACUCGAAGGACCUUCGAGGUAAAAGCCCCUUCUACUAUGCUGUUCUCGCCGGCAAAGACGAGACGGCGGACAUCUUAAAGACUUUGGGCAGUGUUGAUCAUAGCGUCGAAGCAAAGGCAAAGGUGGAUCGAAUGAUUUAUGAUAGUCAGCGUCCAUAG